ACAAUUCUGAACAACUCCCCCCCCCCCUCCCAUUCUUCCAUAGUCCAUAAAACCCACAAAAAAUGGGCCGCCAACUCCAAAAGAAGAAAAACAGGAGCUCAAUCCCGAAGAAAUCCAAGCACAAGAACCCGCGCAUCUUCAAAGUCCAUCCGACCGGGAACGCCCUCAUCGCCGCAAACUGGUUUGCCCCGCUCCGCUCCUUGCCCCGCCCGCGCUUCCGAAUUUGACUGGUUAACGGAAUGGUGUAGGGAUCGUAAGCAAACGCUCUCGCAGAAUUACCGGAGGUUGGGAUUAGUUUCUAGGCUGGGGAAACCGACGGGGGGUGUUGAGAAGGCUCUGCCUGCUUCCUCUUCCGCUGCGCAGCAAGGGGGGCGAGAUGAAGGGGGAAGGAAAAGGGUGAAGAAGCUGGCGCCCGGCGAAGCACGUAUCAUCCGCGAUGAGGAAGGGAGCGUGAUUCAAGUCAUUUACGGCAAGUCUGCCGAAGAAGCGCUGGACUCUGACUCUGACGAAGUCGGGCAAGAGGAAGAGUUCACGGGAUGCGCUGGAGGAGGAGGCAGCGGAACGGGCAUUGUCAAGGAGUUGGAAGCCCAGGCUGCUGUCGGUGAGAGGAAGAAUAAGAAAAUUUUGUGCCCUGGAGAGAUGGAUUGGCUUUCCAGACUUGUGGAAAAGUAUGGGGAGGACUACGAGGGGAUGGUAAGAGAUCGGAAGAUGAAUGUGUAUCAGCAGACGUUGGGGGAUAUCAGACGAAGGGUUGCGAUUUGGAAGAGGCAGAGGGCAGAGGAGAGGGAGAGGGAGGGGGAGGGGGAGGGGGUUUGUGCCUAA